GCAAAUUAGCCGUGCGAGCUACCGGCUGUCACAUGCAGCCAGUUAUACCGUCGACGCUUGACGGUGCGUCGUUUUAUCGAAGAGGAGUUGUGGCUGUCGCGACUGUUUCUAACUAUACGGUUUUUCACGAGAAACGUUUCAUAUCGGUUCGCGCGUCACUUGACAGAAGUUUGGUUAUCAAUAUGACAUGCAUCGGCACUCGGUGGCAGUGCAGUAGUAACGGGCGAAUCAGAACAGGACAAGGCCGCGUAGGCGCAUCAUUAUGAAAGGAGGCAGUCGUUUUUCGUGAACACAAACCGAACCGUGCUGCUUUGACGUGUAUACAUGUUGCACUGAAAAGAUUAGCGUAUCUUUGUAUUGAGCAAAAGGAAAACGAAAGUGUCAUUCAGAAGGGAGCAUCAACCACUGUGAUCCUCUCGGUGUGUCUCCGAUACCAUAUCCCGGAGAAUAAGGUGACAUCAUUGGAGAAGAUUGUCAAGUAAAGAACAGCAAGCAAGAGAUCUGAUUGUAUCGUGGAAUCGAAUUCAGCCAGGAAAGGAGAAAGGUUCGAUGUAUCGGUGAAAAUUGGGGUGGAUCGUUUGGUUGGUCGUAACAAAGAGGGUGCUCCGGUGUCUGUGGUGAUUGUAAAUAGACGAUCCUUGUCUGGAAGGAAAGUGAAAGAAAGGAGAGGAAGGUAAUAGACGCCGACAUAGCGUGCCGGCGUUUCGAGUGCUGGUAGCCGUGGUCGGCUACGCAGCCACCCUAACCGCAAGGGAAGCCUAGUGCGUGAAUGUAUUGGAAGCGGUGGUCACGUCUUCGUCGUCGUCGCCGCCGCCGUCGCUGUGAUCGCCGUGAAAACGGUGCUACACCGUGGAAGUCGCCAAAAACGUUACACCGAUGGCCCGCGCGAUUCAACGGUAUCUCUGAUCGCGGCACGACGGGAACGUCGAGGAUGCCGCGAACAUCGUCGUCGCGUAGAAGGAUGGCGGGCUUCGAGAGCACCAUUUCUGUCGCUAAACACCACGAAAGGAUCGAAUAAUAAAAUCAGGAGACGAGGACGAGACGAGACGAGACGAGACGAGACGCGACGCGACGAGACGAAAUAAAAAAGCGACGGUGAGAGGUGAGGAAAAACCCCGGAGGUUACACCUCCGAGAGACGAGGAUCUUCGUUCGAAGAUGAACUCCAUGGUAUAUACCCUCUACGGGUUCGCGGUAUUCUUUAUAAUAUUCUGGUCGGUUAUGUGGAUCGUUCAUGUGUUGGCUUUGAUAGCCGGACGGUGGAAGCUGCACCGUAAAGUCAUUCAAGUACCAACGUACGAAACGCCCUUACCCGGCGUGUCGAUCAUCAAACCAUUGAUGGGCGUUGAUCCGAAUCUGUUCGGUAACUUAGAGACCUUUUUCACCAUGCAAUAUCCUCGUUACGAGCUACUAUUCUGCGUCGAGGACGAUUCGGAUCCUGUGUUAAUGUUAGUGCGUAAACUGAUCGAGAAGUAUCCGGAGGUGGACGCAAAACUAUUUAUCGGUGGUUGCAAUGUGGGUGUCAAUCCGAAAAUCAACAAUAUGCAACCGGCAUACGAGGCAGCGAAACACGAGCUCGUGUUGAUCAGUGACAGUGGUAUCAAGAUGAAAGAGGACACGCUGUUAGAUAUGGUUAAUUAUAUGACCGACAAUGUCGCGUUGGUACAUCAGAUGCCGUUUACCUGUGAUCGCGAAGGUUUCGCAGCCGCAUACGAGAAAAUCUUCUUCGGUACGGUACAGUCCCGUAUGUACCUUGCCGCCGAUUUGCUCAGGAUAAACUGUCAUACCGGUAUGUCGGCGUUACUGAGGAAAGCGCCCCUCGACGAGGUUGGUGGUUUAAAAACAUUCGGAGUGUAUCUUGCCGAAGAUUUUUUCUACGCAAAGUCGUUGACCGAUCGGGGUUGGCGUAUCACUGUGUCCUCGCAGCCGGCUCUGCAGAACAGCGGCCACUGCGAGCUCCAUUCUUUCCAAGCGAGGUUACGAAGGUGGGCGAAGCUACGUGUGGCUAUGUUACCUACAAUGAUCAUUCUGGAACCGUUGAGCGAGUGUUUAGUGUUAGGUGCCUGUGCUUCCUGGGCGGCCAGCGUACUCUUCGAAUGGGAUUCUCUGGUUUUCUAUUUGGUACAUAUACUAUUGUGGUUUAUGUUGGACUGGACGCUGUUGUGCGUCGUACAGAACGGUCCGUUGCCGUUCAACAAAUUAGAAUUUGUUUGCGGAUGGUUACUCAGUGAGAUUACCAGGCCCUAUUUAUUCCUUCAAGCGGUUCUAGAUCCUCUGAUACAGUGGCGAUCGCGCGUUUACAAACUCAGGUGGGGUGGCGUCGCGGAAGAGGUUAAGGCGAAAGUCAAGUAUUAAAUCACGCGUCAAAUAAAUAUUGUAUAUCAAUUCUUUCGUUCCUUUUUUUUCUUUUUUCUUUUUUUUUCCUUCUACUUCUUUCUUUUCAUUGAUAGUUUCUUAAACCGACAUCCACAAUGUACAACAGCGUGGGUGUAUUGUAAUAUAUCCGAUAUAUUAUGCUAUUACGCAUAUACUACUUAUUAUAGAUGUAUUACGUUAGAUGAGUAAAAAAAAAAAUAAUACACGCCGUAUACGCACACCGUAUAAUAAAAACAGGGGAUGCUCGCGUGCGCGCGCACCUACACAAGUACGCGUUUACGUAAAUACAAUGAUCGUGCGACACGUAUCUACGCACGUGCGCGCGAAAAUAAAUUUUUAAUUACUCGCCAUAUCAUCUCCGCCAUCUCACGAUACGCUCACUAUUUGUGCAAUAUUAUAAAAAAUUUUCUAGUUACGUUAGAAAAUAAUAAGUGAAAUCAAACUUUUUGUAAAUUUUGUUGAAGGCCCUCGCGAGAAACAAGGUCAAAUGAGUCAUUAAUGGUAGCAUACCCCGCGGUAAAUUAUUGAUGUGUUCUAAUGAAAUGAUUCCUAUGAGAAAUCACUAUUGUAAGGGUACCGAGAUUAACUUAAUUAUCUUGUUGACGUAGUACUAAUAAUUUGUUCUCAAAAUACAUGCUUGUUAUUUUAUUUUCA